AUGGAGGAUCUCAAUUUGACAGAGACUGAGAUGAGAUAUUUUGGUGAUUUGUUUUUAUGUUGCGACGAGGAGUCCAACGGGAAAAUCCCAAUCCUAAAAGCAACAGAACUUUUUAGGUCAUCUAACAUACCAAAUGAUGUUCUCAAGCAGAUUAUGGAUUUAAGUGUAUCGCCUAAUAAUUGUUCGUCUCUAAAUCAUAUGAAUAGAAAGCAAUUUUAUUCGGCCUUAAAACUUAUAGCAGCUCAUCAAUCAAAUAUAGCAUUAAAACCAGAGAUUUUAUUAACACCUUUGGAUCUACCCCUUCCAAGGUUUACAUGGGCUUUAAACUCGGAUGCAAAUUCAGAUUUAAUACAGUUAUCCAAUUCUCCUAAAGAGCAGCAUAUAUCAAAGAGAGAGCGAACCUUUGUAGAGAGGACUCUAGGUGCUUAUGAGCCGAUAAGAGUUUCAUCAAAUUUAUCAGAUAGUGACAUUCCUCAAACGCUGUCUCAUGAUACUGCUGAAGUACUAAGUACAGACUCGGAGAUAGAAUCUGAAACAAUGUCACAAAGUGGUUCAAUUGGGAGAAGAGAUAAAACGGGGUCUCCAUGGAGUACAGCUAGUGAAAGUCCUACUCCAACCAACAGUGUAGCUGAAAGGGUCCACCCAGUGUGGGAACACAGUGCAACUGGGCGUGGUGUAUGGCCUACAAAUACUGCAGAGGAACAUACUAGGCUCCUAGGCACAGAAGAGGAUUCCUCUGACCGUCACUCCUCAGAGGAGGAUGGGGAAGGUGAGGCAAGUGGUGAUGACGUAUUUGCGAUAAGUCCUGCGCAGGCGUCGCAUUAUGCGGCACAGUUUGCGCAGCUACGACCUGAACGCGGCUUGUUGUCGGGACCUACUGCUAGAAUGUUUUUCGAAAAGUCACGGCUGUCGGUUCCAGAUUUACGAAAGAUCUGGCAACUCGCUGAUAUCACCAAAGAUGGAAUGUUGACUCUUGAGGAGUUUAGUAUUGCCAUGCAUCUCAUAAUUUUGAGGAGGAACAAUAUCCCAGUGCCAGAUGUUUUGCCACCACGCCUCGUACCAAAAGUUGACUCACAUUUCUCGCAACAAUCGGUUACAACAGAUCUGGUUGACCUGGGUGCUGAUAUGUUUAACUCUGGCACCUCUGCCGAUUUCAAUUUUGCAAAACCAGAAGUCAACGAUCCAUAUGAAAGUAAACCAAAAAAAUCAGAAGAAAGACAACCUUCCCUUUCACCAAAACCAGAACCGCAAGUGAACAAUAAGGAAUGGACCAAGUUUGUUGACUCGCCCACGUUCAGUGUUUCUAGUCCCGGCCCUAAACCUGUCAACUUUGACUUUCAAAAGUCCGCAUUAGAGAGAGAUCCAAAAAUCUAUCACCCCGUCGCAUUAAGAGUGACUCCGGAAGCGAAUACAAUUCCACACGAAGAUUUACGGUCGAGCACUUCUCCGCGAAGGGACGAUAUAUCUCACGCCUUCGAACUCUCGAGUCCCAAACGAAAUUCCAACGAUCAAUCGAAUGGUAGCGAAAUCAAGUCCAUACAGCGUCCUCAACCGAAGAAACCAGUGAAAAGUGUUGGUGUCUUGCCUCCUCCACCCGCCAGAGAGUCGUCCGUUCAUGCAGAAGAUGGUCCGCAGUCGUUGCAAUAUGCGCCUAAGAAGGAUCCACCUCCGCCACCGCCACCAAGACCUAUCAGAAACCAUACUCGUUCCAGUUCUCUGGAUUUAAACCGGUUCAAAAGUGCCGCGCCCCCUCCGCAGCCGCCUCCUCGAAUGUCCCCUUCGGCAACGACACCCACCCGUCGCUUAGUGAAUCAGAAAAGUGAGGAACCCAGUUUUCCCCCCGACGCGUUCAGUAAGAGUGAAGAACCCAGCUUUCCUCCUGAUGCGUUCGGGGAGACUUACGGCUACGAAGCGCCAAAAAUGCACGGCGCGUUUGAAGUGUAUCGGAAACCGUCGCGAGAAUCGUCGUGUGAGACGGAUCCGGAUGUGAAAUCUUUGCAGGAGCAAAAUGCUGUUUUGCACCGUGUUUGUAGGGCUUUGUGCGCGGAACUAGCGGAUGUGCAGAGAGAAAGAGAGGCUCUGCGGGUCCAACUUGACGCACACUCGACCCCCGUCUAG